CUUACCUCGCCAUAGAUUAAAUCUUUUUAGAGUUUCGAUUUGAGAUCUACAGAAGAAAUUUCUAAAUUGACAGUUUUAAUUUGAAAAGUUUUGCUUAAAAUAUUCAUAGCGCGUUGAUGCAAAUUCACAGGAAUGAAUGAAAGGAAUAAAUUAUUCGUUGGUUCACAACCAAAUCAAAACAUACCAAAGCCGGAUAUUAUAGACACUGCAAUAGGAUCAUUUGGGAAAUUUCAUUAUUUUUUAUAUUUUCUAGUAAUUUUAACAAAGUAUUUUAUUGCAUUUCACCAAAUGGCAAUAAUAUUUUUGGCUCCAAAAACGGGAUAUACUUGUGAAGGAUCGCAAAUUAAGGGAACUUGCCCUUGUGACAAACCAGUAUAUAACACUUCGGUAUUCACAAAUACAAUUAUAAUGCAAUGGCAUCUAAUAUGCAAAGAUAAAUGGUUGGCGAGCUUAUCGCAAACAUUGUUUCAAUUAGGAACAUUAAUAGGCAGCUUACUCUUCGGGAUGUCUUCUGAUAGAUUUGGAAGAAGAAAACCGAUGUUAUGUGCAGUCAUAUUACAAAUUGUGACCGGAGUAGCCGCUGCCUUUGCACCCAGCUACGGAUUAUUCACCUUUAUUCGUUUACUUAUUGGAAUGUCAGUUGGAGGAACAAUGGUCAUAGGAUUCGUCAUUAUGAUGGAAUAUGUAGGGACGAAAUGUAGAGUUACUGUUUCAUCUCUUUAUCAUGUACCUUUCAAUAUGGGUCAUAUGUUGCUACCAAUUUUUGGAUACUUUUUCAGAGAUUAUGCAAAUUUCCAAAUGGCAAUAUCUAUACCAUCUGUUAUUCUUUUGUUGUAUUUUUGUUUAUUACCAGAGACAGCAAGAUGGUUAGUAGCUGCAAAACAUACAGAAGAGGCUAUUCAACUUUUGGAACGUAUCGCGAAAAUAAAUAACCGACCAACAGAAAAUAUUCGAAAGGAUAUAGAAUCCUAUCAACAACAAUUAGAGAACAAUAAACUCAAGAAGGGAACUCUAUUAGAUCUCUUCCGCACUCCAAAUCUAAGAAAGAAUAUAUUGGCUAUGUCUUUUAACUGGAUUACAUGCAGUUUUUGUUUCUACGGUGUUUCUCAAUACGUCGGACAGUUGAGUGGAAAUAUCUUUUUUAAUGUAGCAGCAAGUGCUGGCGUUACGUUAACUGGAACACUUUUGUCCAUACCUUUGAUAAGUUUUUUUGGAAGAAGGAUAUUAUUAAUAGUGCUUAAUUUUAUUUGUGCACUUUGCUUGUUACUUUUAGCAGUACUUCCUGACAGUAUAUUUUCAGUCUUUUUUGCCACUUUUGGUGUUGUCAUCAGUUUUGUAGCUUUUGUAUUAGUUUAUUUGUAUUGUACCGAACUAUUUCCUACCGUUGUCCGUAAUGCUGCUAUAGGAUUUUCAUCAAUGAUGGCGAGAAUUGGUGCAAUGAUGGCACCUUUCGUUCUAGAUCUCGAUGAUACCGCUAUUUGGCUGCCACCAUUAGUAUUUGCUCUAUUCCCACUUCUGGCUUCCGUGAUAGCAUUUUUACUUCCAGAAACUAAAAAUCACGAGCUAUUGACUACAAUUGAGGAAGGAGAAAGUUUUGGUAAAAAAGUACAAUUUUCAGCGAGCAAUACAAAUACCUGAGACUGUCAAGUUAUAAAUAAUAUUUGUACAUAAUACUGAUAUUUUAGAUAAAUUAUUGAUAGAAAUUAAUAAGCUGUACCUAUAAUAUAUAUACGAGUACUUCUAUAUAUAUAUUAAAAGUUGUUUCUUAAGUGUGUUUUGAUAUUUUGGACCUAUUAUUAAAAAUAUACAGAAAGACUCAAAAAAUGUAAAAAGGAUUAAUUAAUCAUCAAGGUGUUGUGAAAAAAAACUAUGAUAUGGGUCAUAAUUCAUGUAAAUAGAUAGUUUUAUAAUAAAUAAAAAAAUGUUUUUACCAGAAAAGGGAUAACGCCUGUCGAAAACAUUUCCAGAAGAAAUAUGAGACAGGAACGUUUUAAAUAAAUUGUUAAAAAAAAAUGUUUGGUAUAU